AUGGCUGAAGGAACAGGACCGUCACGCUCGCUAAAGCUCUCUUACUUUGACUCUCGCGGACUGAACACGAAGGACUGGAGAGAUGACGAGGAGAGGUCCAAAGCAGAGGGAGUACUGUCCAAUCUCUCCACUGCCUUCAGUAGCAUUAUAGACAACCUCGGGGACCCGCGGCCACAAAGAGAGGGGCUAAGCAAGACUCCACAAAGGGCAGCCAAAGCUCUUCUCUACUUCACCAAGGGCUAUGAGGAGGAUCUCAGUGGUGUGGUGCAGGAAGGAGUGUUUGAUGAGAACCAUGAUGAGAUGGUAGUGGUUAAGGAUAUUGAGUUGUUCUCACUGUGUGAACAUCAUCUGGUCCCCUUCUAUGGUACAGCGCAUGUGGGAUACCUACCCAAUGGGAAGGUGUUGGGUCUGAGCAAGGUAGCACGCAUUGUGGAGAUGUAUAGCAGACGUCUACAAGUACAGGAAAGACUCACCAAGGAGAUAGCUGAGGCCAUUCUGAGUGCAGUGGGACCCACUGGAGUGGGUGUGGUGAUACAAGCCAAGCACAUGUGCAUGACCAUGAGAGGGGUCAACAAAGGUCACAGUCAGACAGUCACUAGCUCCAUGCUAGGCACCUUCAGAGAUGACCCACGCACUAGGGAAGAGUUCCUCACCAUUAUACACUCUAAAUAAACAAGUAUUUAUGUAUGAUAAACAAUAUUAUUUUAUAUAUUUAUUCUUAUUGCUAAUUAGGGUGAAGAUUGAUCGUUAUCAAAAAUAAAAUUUUGAGCUGAA